AUGGCCGGUAAUCAUCUUGAAGGUCCUAUUCCAAUUGAAUUUUGUCAAUUGAGAAAGCUCACGUUGUUAGAUCUUUCAGAAAAUAAUAUCAUCGGGGCUGUACCAUCUUGCUUCAGUACAUCACUUAUAUAUAUCAACAAUAUUCGGUUGUCCAAAAAUAGGCUAGAUGGACCUUUUCCAAUGGCCUUCAAAAAUUACGGUCCCAAUUUAAGGGAGCUUGAUCUCUCUUAUAACCAGUUCAGUGGUAAUAUUCCAACUUGGAUAGGCAGCCUUUUCUGGCUUACGGUUCUUCUCUUGCAAAACAAUAGUUUUGAAGGCAACAUUCCAAAGGAGUUAUGCAACAUUCCCCGCUUAACCAUGAUUGAUCUUUCUUUCAAUAAUCUCUUUGGCAGCAUUCCCCUUUGUUUUAGUAACAUUAAAUUCAACGGAAUAAAAGUCGGGGGAUCAAGUUACUCAUUCUACCGUUAUGGUUCACCACAAACAUUCACAUUAUUGUUGCAUGAUCUGGGGAUGGUGUUAGCCAAGAGUGAAAGAGAUCAAGAAGAGUAUUUUGAUAUAGAGGCUACAGGACAAGAGGCAAAGUUUACAACAAAGGGAAUGUCCUUAACCUACAGGGGAAUCAUUCUACAUCUUUUCUCAGGAAUCAAUCUCUCCCACAACAGAUUGACUGGCCUCAUACCACCUGAAAUUGGAAACAUUACCAAUCUCAAAGCGUUGAACUUAUCCCACAACAACUUCACCGGUGCAAUCCCUGUGACAUUUUCAAACUUGAAAAACAUAGAGAGCUUGGAUAUUUCCUACAACUGCCUGCAUGGGAAAAUCCCCUCUCAGCGUACAGAGCUUACUUUCUUGGUUGUUUUCAAUCUGUCUUACAAUAACUUAAGUGGAAGGACACCUCAGAGAAGAUUCCAAUUUGCAAAUUUUGAAUUGAGUAGCUACGUUGGAAAUCCACUUCUUUGCGGAGAACCACUGCCAAAGUGUAAUGCAACUGAUUCACCUCCAUCGACGCCAAGAGCCGCUGUGAAUGAUACAGAAGAAGAUUCUGGUUUCAUGGACAUGAAUAUAUUCUACAUGAGCUUUGCAGGGUCUUACGUAACUGUGGUAUUGGCAAUUGUGGCGAUUUUAUUGAUAAAUCCGUAUUGGCGAAGGGUAUGGUUUCAUCUUGUCGAGGUUUCCAUCACCUCCUGCUACUAUUUUGUUGUGGACAAUCUCGCGGGCGCAGGCUUUGUUUUCUUUGGAAAUAAGCAGCCAUCUCUCUCUCAGCAUGUGGGAAUUUUUUCUAUGUUGGGAAUUUUUUCUUCCUGA